AUAAUUGUUGAGCUCUACUACUGUACGGCAGAAAAAAUUAGACCAUACUCUGGAAAUUAGAAGCCAGUUGACCCAACUCACCGCGUGUGCUCCUCUUCUGCCUCACCUGUAUUCCUUAAUCGGAGCCUUAAACUGCACCGGAUGAAAUUCGAGGCUGCUUUGUUAAUCGAGGGCUUUACGAAACGGUAGCACUUUUAUCCUUUUCUGUUUAUCUAAGGUUGUAUUGUUUGGUGCCGUUAGUUAUGACGUCUCUGGCUCUAACCUUUCUGGGAGGAGCCCCUUUUCAACUGCUGUAUGAAGGCGUUAAGAAAGCUAUUCGCAAAAGUAACAAGUUUAGAACUCACCUCGAAAAUCUGGAAAUGACGCUAGGCUGUUUGCAACCAUGGAUCAUUCAACAGAUAAGAGCAAAUAAUGUGCAACUGAAUCUCCCAAACAAUUUGAUACAAGAUCUUGAAAUAAAAAUGGAGGAGGGCAAAGAGCUGGUUUACAAGUUAUCAAGGCUUGGCGUUUGGAACAUCCGUGUCUGGGGAAAUUGCUACAAUUGUAUAAAGCCUAAUUACUCAGACCAACUUGCUGAAUUGGACAGAUCUCUUAGAUUACUAUUAGAAAUACUAAAGCUGGAGGAAAUGAGGAAUGUUCAGGAGAACUUACUAUUGGCGAGGAACCACAGUGACAAACAAGAUGAUUUGGACAAAAAAAUGUCCGAGUUAUUGAAAGUGCACCAGGAAGUUCUGAAAGCGCAGAAAGAAAUGUUUGAUAUGAUGAGAGUGCAGCAUGAGGCUGUACAUGAGGCAAUGCAGAGAAUUAGAGCUGAUGCUGUGCAAAAUGUGCGAGGAGAAACUGCCCCUGCUCCAGCUCCAGCUCUAAGAAUAGUAUUUUGGGUGCUGUAUGAUGUUGUUAUACAAGUGAAGGUCAAGAAUACAAUGUGUAAACGCCUCCUUCAAGAAUUCAAAUCCACGCUCGACUUCUUAAAACCACUGAUAGAAGAAAUGGCAGAAAGUAACAAACUAUUGCAUCUUCCGGAGCAGGAACAAGAGAAGUUUAUUAUUCAAAUGAGGGAGGGUGUAGAGCUCAUUGACAAGUGCUCCAAGGUUAGCAAGUGGCAUAGUUACAAAAAGUAUGCAUGCACCAACAAACUUCUUAAAUUAGAUGAAUCUCUCCGGGGGCUAUUCCAUAAAAUGAGUAUGCAGAUUGCAAUCCAUGUGAAGGAAGGUUUGAUUUCGAUAAGUAGUAUGGAGGCAAUGAUCAAGAAAAUUGAAGAGAGUGGUGUGAUACAAAAUCAAAUUCAAGUUGUACUCACUAAACCACAACCUCCACUGCAUGAAGCUGGAUUGGAUGUUCUGGAUACGCAUGGAAGUAAGGAUGUGGAGGGAACAAGAGAUGAUUUAAAUGAGAAAGAGGUUGGCGUGAAGCAAAUUGGAAGAGAUGGUACGAGACAGAAUGAAAAAGAGAUUGAAGGUUUGAGUGAAGUACCUGAAACUUCAUCGCCUAAAACUACAUUGGAUGUGCAAGGAACAAAGGAUAUAAAUGAGUCACUAGAUUCAGAAAGUGUACAUAUAGCGCAGACCAAGCAAAGUCAAGGGACAAGGGUGGUUGAAGCUCCAGUUGCUGAAUAUAAAUUUCCAUUCCUUAUGGUUGAAUGGGAUGUGCAUUUGAGGGAAUUAAAGAAUAAGAUUUUUGAGGAUCAGGUGGCUAUGCUUGUGAUUACAGGUCCAGCAGGAUGCGGGAAAACCACACUGGCAAGAAUGUUUUGUGAAGAUCAGGAGGUCAAAAUGAAAUUCAAGAAUAUUUUCUUUGUCCAUGUUUCAGAAAAUCCCAGCUUGGAUUUUAUUGUCCAACAACUAUAUGAACAAAAGGAUCCAGUGGUACUUGAGCUGCAAGAAGAUGCAGUUUACUGGCUGCAACAAUUUCUAAAGGAAACAGGAGGAGAUCCUUCAUUGUUGGUCUUGGAUGAUGUUUGGUCCGGAUCAGAAUCUCUUCUUGAAAAGUUUGAUGAAUUAAGAACUUCAAUGCACAAGAUUUUGGUGACAUCAAGAUCUGAAUUUCCACGAUUUGGUUGUCUCUAUUAUCUAGAAAGCCUAAAAUCACUGGAUGAUGAAGAGGAAAUGUCUCGUCUUAAGGGAAAGGUUGUGGCGGCCGUGAGAGCUACAGGGGACUACCCAGAAAGAGUGGGCAAACCUAUAUGUGAGUAUUAUUUAAAGACUGGGACCUGUAAAUUUGGUCCGUCCUGCAAGUUCCAUCAUCCGAAACAGGGAAUUGGAUACUUGAGCUCUUUGUAUGGACUGACACAGCUAUCUUCUCCCACCCAUGCCCUUGAAAGACCUUAUACCUCUGUCGCACCAUCAUCUGUUGGCCCUUCUAGCAGCAGCCCGAAUGAACAAGCCUUCCCAGAGAGGCCUGGAAAACCUGAAUGCCAGUAUUACCUGAGAACUGGAGACUGUAAAUUUGGACCCUCAUGUCGGUACCACCAUCCUCGAGAUCGGAUUGCACCAAGGACAAAUUGUCUCCUCAGUCCAGUUGGUCUUCUUGGCAAUUCAGGCUCUAAUGCUUGGCCUUCAUUCAGUCAAAUGUCAUUGUCAAUGGAAGAUUUUCAGACGUCUUUGGAUUUGAAAUUGAAUGCUCAGCAUUGCCUUCUCCAGACACCAAUGUCACCUUGUGUAUCCAUAAGUCGAAGAAUAAGCAGCAAUGACAAGUCCAGUCAGUCAGAUGUAGAGGAUAAGAGUGAGCUUGAUGAGAUUCAAAGCCAAAUUUCAGGUGUCACUGUUCCGGAGUCGCUACAUGAUCCACUUGAAAGUAAAGAUCGAUGUCCAAUGAAUGUGAACAACACUUUGGAAUAUGCAACUUCAGGGACAACUCCGAAUUCAGUUAACGUUGAUGGUCAGUCUGUUGCUUGUAACAGCAUAGGUGAGAUUGGAAGCAUAUCACAGAAGCAGGGAGUUAAAGAAAAAGUUGCAUUUAGAACAAAAUCAGAGGUCGAGAUAUUGGAUGAUGGAUUCAAAUGGAGGAAGUAUGGGAAAAAACUUGGGAAGAACAGCACAAAUCCAAGGAAUUACUAUAAGUGUGCAUAUGAAGGCUGCCCAGUGAAAAAGAGAGUUGAAAGAGAUAGACAAGAUCCAAGUUAUGUAAUUACAUGUUAUGAUGGGGUUCAUAACCAUACAAGCUAGCCUUGGCAAAAGAAGCCAGCGAGUACCCGCCAGCCACCCUCAACCUCUCCCUUUUCCCCUCCCUAUAGGGAAGGAAGAGAGCUUUCUGUUCGAUCAUCUUGCAGACGAUAAUCGGGAAGAGAGCGUUCUGUUCUAUCAUCUUAUUGCAGACCAUAUUCAAUAAGUAGUUCAUCUUCCCGACCAUAUUGAACAAGUAGUGCAUGUUCAUCUUGCAGGCCAUAUUGAAUAAGUAACAUUCUUAUAUUGUAUACUGCUACUAGCUUGUGAAUUUUGAAGGA